AUGGCCGAGAUGCAGAAAUACUUCAACCUUCUCCAUUGCUAUCGUAUAUUAUCUAGACAUCCAAAGUGGUGGGAAAGUGUGGUGAACAAGAAGAAGAAGAAGACACCAAAGGAAAAAGUGGCAAAAUCUACCCCCAUUUUUAUUGAUUAUGAUGAUGUUCCCGAAGAGCAAGGAGCAAGAGCAGAUGUAGAAGCAGAUGUAGAAGUAGAUGUAGAUGUAGAUGUAGAUGUGGAUGUAGAAGCAGAGGCAGAGGCAGAGGCAGAGGCAGAAGUAGGAGUAGAACGGGAAGGGAGCAUUAAGAAACUUUUGCGAUUUGCCCAAAAAGAGCUCAUUCAAGUCAGGAAGCAUACCUUGGUCACAGAACGACAAAAUGCCAUCAAUCAAACUUCUGAAGAUGUGAAGCAUUUGCUCAUCGACGCUUCAUCCAUUAAAGACCAUUUGAAUCGUCGGGCCAUUUUGAAUCUCCAAAAGGAUAUCCGAGAAAGAGGCAUAGGAGUCCCACCUUAUCUUCAAACUAUGCUUGAGGAUAGCAGCGAUGCCGAAGUGCUCGAAAGCGAUUAA